AAGCUACUACAGAUGCGCAAUCAGGUCCGGGAAUUCAUUGGAGUCAAGCUCGGAAAUGGGAGAGAUACAUCAUUCUGGUAUGACUCUUGGCUAGAUAUUGGCCCUCUCAUUGUGUUUAUUGGUGAAACAGGACCAGGUCUACUGCGGUUGCCGAAGAGUGCCACUGUAGCCGAUGCUGUGCGCAACGGCAAUUGGUCUCUUCCGCCGGCGAGAAGCAAUAGAAUACCAGAGCUACAUCUGAAGCUGCUAGAGCUGAAUCCACCGACUAAUGAUGCUGGUCCGGACCUCCCAACCUGGCGACACAUGGGAGGCACUCGAAAGACUUUCUUUUCCUCUAGGCAAACAUGGGAACAACUGAGAUCUCCGGGAACUGCGUUCGAAGGCUGUGGCUUAGCAUGGUUCCGACAGACUACUCCAAGGCAUGCGUUCUUAACGUGGCAGGUGCUCCAAGAACGUCUCCCGACUACCGACCGGCUCGAGACAUUUAGUCGCUCGAUUUGGUUGCACUUUGGACGGCUAAUGGAAGACCCCCCUCCGACACAUAUUCGAUAUUUUCUGGAUUGGACUAACCAAUCUACGAACCGUGACGAAGCUGCGAUUAAGAAGUUACUCACGCAGAGCUAUCUCUAA